AUGUCAAGAAUAACUUCAUAUGGUAAAGAUAAAAUAAUAUUCGCCGAUCGUGACGCACUAAUACCACGCGAAGGUGAUGAAUAUUUCAAACAACAAUGGAUUGAAGUCUACAAUGAUAGUGUGUCUGAAGGUGCUCUAUUAUCGAAUGGAAAUGUCGAAUGGUCGUGCCCAUGUUUAGGCACACAAGCGAUUGGCCCAUGUUCGGGACAGUUUCGUAACGCAUUUGUUUGUUAUCAAACGAGUGGCAAAGAACCAAAAGUGGACUAUGUGAUGGAAAGAUGGCAUGUUAAGAUGGAUCUAACUGAGUUUUGGAUUAUGUUUUAUUCUAUUGCAGGGGCUGAAUGUAUGAAUGAGUUUGUGAAAAUGCAAACAUGCUUUACACAAUAUCCGAAAUUGUACAAUAAAGGUGAUAAUAUAAAAACGACAAAGGAAAAUGAAGUUGCGCAAACAGUCAUGCAACAUCCAGAAGCACGACGACAACGUUUACAAGAAGAAGAGAAACGACGCAAAAACACAGAUGUUUUACAAAAUAGAUUCAAUCCAAUCCGAAUGUUAUAUCAGAAAUAG